AUGGUUCUCUUUUCAACAUUCUUCUUCUUUUUCUUCAUCUCUCUUUCCCUCUCUCAAGGUCAACCUCCCAUUGACCCACUCGAACAGAAAGCUUUAUACGAUGUCCUCAACUCCCUCAACCCAGCCAUUCCAUGGACCACUGACUACCCCGAUGACCUCUGUCUCUCCGCCCCACACGGCGUCGUUUGCGACUACUACCCUUCUGAUUCCGAUGAUCACAAUGUUCAAAACCAGCAACAAAAAGCACACAUUGUUGAACUCAACUUCGGCUACGUUUCCGAUGAAACACCUAACCCACCUUGCUCCCCUAACGCCACACUUAACCCUCUUCUCUUCACCUCUUUCCCCUACCUUCAGAAACUCUUCUUCUACAAAUGCUUCAACAACACACAAAACCCACUUCCUUCUCUCCCUCCAUCUCUCCAAGAGCUAGUCUUCAUUCAAAACCCUUCUUUCGUUUCCCCGCUCCACCUUUUUCUCCGCAACCUCACCUCUCUCAGGAGACUUGUCUUGAUCGGAAACGCCUUCCAAGGUGAACUUCCCUUAAAUAUCGGCGAUUAUACAAACCUCGAAGAGUUAACUCUUUCUACAAACAAUCUCUCCGGCAUGAUUCCACCGAGUUUCGGAAUGCUGAAGAAGCUCAAGAUUCUCGACCUCAGUCAGAACGACUUCAAAGGGUGUGUUCCCCAAGAGAUUGGGAAUCUCACUUCGCUUUUGAAGCUCGAUUUAAGCUACAAUGGAUUUGGUUGUAAGAUCCCAGAGAGUUUUACCCACUUGCAAAAUAUGAUGUUUUUGGAUCUAAGUUUCAACCUUUUUGGUAAUUUUGGCGUCCCUUUGUUCUUAGGAGAAAUUUCAACUUUAAAGGAAGUUUAUUUAAGUGGGAAUCUACUUUCUGGUCAAAUUCCAGAAAUAUGGGAAAACCUUGGUGGUGUUGAAAAGAUUGGAUUUUCUAAAAUGGGCUUAGUAGGUAAAAUCCCAGUUUCAAUGGGGACUUAUUUGAAAAAUCUCUCUUAUCUUGGCCUUGAUAACAACAAACUUGAUGGCUCUGUUCCUCAAGAAUUUGGGCUUUUGGAGUUUGCUAAUGAGAUCAAUUUGGAGAACAACAAUUUGAGUGGUAGGAUCUCUUUGCCAAGUAGAGUAGAACAGAAGUUAAAGUUGGCAGGAAAUAUAGGGCUGUGUUUGGGAAACAAUGCAAGCUGUUCUUCUCAAAAUGGUGAAAGUUUGGGUCAACUUAAUCCCUACAAAAUAAGUGAUAUUCUUCCUGAUCAUGAUGAUGUCCUUUUCAAUGGGGAUUCUUUGCUGCAUUUUGAUCCUCUUAUGUUGGUUUUGGUUUUGGUGGGGUGGUUGUUAAGCUUCACAUGGGAUGGGUGA